AUGGACAUUCAGAAAAUAGUUGAUGCCAUUAGAUCUAACGACAUAGAUGCAAACAGAGCUGCUAUCGAAAGCAUCUAUGCCAACUGCAGCCAGCUAGACGACAAGGACAUUAUAGAAAUAACUCCGUCUGUGAUCUACUACCUGUGGAAGCUUCCGAAGUUCACGGCUCAGAAGCAGUUUGUUCUGGAACUUUUGUCCCAUGCCGACCAAAGGUUGCGCUACAGCCUGUUCAUGUAUCUCAUCGAUCACUGGAGUAGCAUCCAGCUGGUAAGAAUGGACAAAUUCUACUAUCUUGUCAAGAGGAUUCUGGAAUAUUAUGUACUGGAUGUGGAAACAGUCUCUUCCUUGUUCAAUAUAUCCACGAGCAUGGAUCUUAGAACAUUUAUAAUUCGAUGUGUUGUGGACAGACUUAAAGAAACCACCGAGGACAUGGAGCAUUUCUUGGCUGGGUUUGCUUCCACGUGCCCUCCGGCAUUGCUGCUUCCUCUCGAAUCCCUAAGGCUCCGGAAGGAGGUUGCCCUGGAAUAUGCAGGGAAUAAGGACAUCGGAAAGAAGAACAGAGCUGCAUUAUACUCCAUGAUCAAAUAA